UAAGGUCUUACUUCUCAACUUAAGCAUUAGCGUUUGUGUUGGUCGUACUGCCUUAUUUUUGUUUUCAAGUCUUUGUCUUAGAUGUCGUGUUAUUAUUGCUACUAAAUGAACAUGUAUCACUGUAAAUACAAUUAUUUAUCAUUGUUAACUCAACGUAAACCUUAACGCUUCUUUAAUUCGGAAAACAGUUGAACUUGCCUCUCACAAUAUGGCGGAUGCGAUGAGGAAAAGCAGAUCGAGUCAUCUGGACUCCAUUGGUGAUGCCUGUUUGAGUCGCGGGAACUAGAUCAAUACCCGGCUAAUCGAGCAGUAAAGUAAACUUUCAUAAACAAGCUAACGGAUGUGUUCAAAUUAAACGCUUAACUUUGACAUGACGUAAAAGGCAAGUUUACCUUUAUAUGCCUUCGUCUGCAGCCAUAUUUAACUGUUGCUGUUAGUUGUUAAAGUUAAUGUUCGUACCGAAAAUAACACUUUGUCGUUGGCUUGUUAUUAUUUGUGGUAACGCCGCAGAUAAGUGUAUUAAGAAUAUGUUUAUAACCUAAACAAAGAUGGGACAUAACAUCGUGAUUUGGUGAUACGUAAGGUCGUGUUGACUGAGCAGGAUGGAUUCCAAUAUUAGUGAUGUUCUGCACAGUGAGGAGCAGCUGAGGAAUACGCUGCACUGUGAUGACAAGGAGAAGCUUCGUAGGAAACUGGCACAUUUGCAAAGGGAGUAUCUCGAGACGGCCCAGAAGCUAAAGCGUGCCGAGCGUUUGGACGCAGUGAGGAGGCACGUGAAAAGUAGGAUUUCUCUGCAGAAACAGCAAGACCAGAGCGUUCCAGAGGUCACACCAAACUCUUCUAUCAACCCCUCCUCAUUCAUAAUUAACACAAACAAUUCAAGCAUCCUAGGCUCAGCACAGUCUCAGGCAGUCGCAGUAGAUUCGGAUACAUCCAGGAGGCAACAGGUAAUAAGAUUCUCGCUCCCUGGAGAUCCUACUUGCCCACAAACCCCAGAUCCCAGCAAUGACGUCGCUAGAAGCCACAGACCCAGCCCGGCCUUGCGUCUGCGGUCGAAACGUAGCCGUUUACUCUGGGAAAAGAGGAAUGCCGACGCUCUCCAAAGCUCGAACGAUGGCAAACGGCAGCAAGAGCAGACUGAAAGGACUGAAAACGCAAGAACUGCAGAGCAGGAAUGGACGAUCAAGAAAGAAGAUGUCUUCAAUGAAAGCGAAGAGCUGUUUUCUGGCCCAGAAUUUGAGUCCCCCUCUCUGUUGCUCACACACUGGAGUACACAAGAACACACCAACACCGGGCAUAAAAUGGGGAAGGAGAACCAAAGACCCCAGGAAGAAAGAGGAAAGGAGACUGAUCUGGACGUUAAUGGAAAAGUUGGUGAGCCUGCUUUAACCACAGAAGAAGGACAAAAUGUUAGAAAAAACAAUUCAGUGAAUAAUGAGAUAGGGGAGGAUAGUGUCAGGCAAAGUGCAGAGAGAGAAACGGUGGCAUGUGAAGAGGGCAGCCAUGAAAACAUUGAGCAAAAUGCUGCCCAGACGACAGGAAUUGAAAAACAUGAGGAUUUUGUGGAAAUAAAAGAGGAAAAGAAUCAGAUCACGGCAGAUGAAAAAGCUGUCAGCCUCCUAGACUCCUGCACAUUAGUGGAAGGACUACUUUUCCCUGUGGAGUACUACGUUCGCACCACAAGGCGAAUGACACUUUCCCAGAGCCAGCCGGACGUGCAGGCUGUCAUACUGUCUCAGCUGAGCGCGGGGCGGCACCGCAGGAGCCGCGGCAGGAGAACAGACAGGGACGUACAGCGGUCAGACCGGCACACUCAGACGGAUUUAUCUUCUCCAACAACUCUGCCCACAUCUCUGGAGCCAUUUCCUGCUAAUACUUCUAAAGAUUUUAGUCAGAGAUCCAGUGACAUUUCAGGCUCUGUCAUUCCAGAAGCUCCUUUUUCACCUCCAGUCCUCAGCGUCCGUCCACCCAGAGGAAGGAGGAAAGGUAGAGGCACAGGUAAGGGGAGACCUCAGAGACCACAGCUUCUUAAACAAGGAUGUGAACAAACCACAGGAGAUCCCCAAGCCCCCAGCACCUCUGAACUUUCUCCCCGGUUUAUCCAUCAAGCUGAUGACACAAACACCUGCAUAAAACCAUUGCAGUCACCCACCCACAGCUGUCCAGCUCUACCUUCUUCUUCAGUCAGUGGAGCUCCAACCAGUUUCACUGCUGAACACCAGGAGAAGGUCUAUCCCAUCUUUCUGAAGAGCACCAUCAGUAGACCCCAACAGAUGAACACAGGCAACCCAGAGUGGCAGUCUCUUCUCCUGCCCUCCUUAUAUCCAUCGUCUGAAACAUCUCAGCUUUCUCUUCCCUCUCUGAUCAGCCGCGUGAAGAGCCUGGACAUCCUGCAAGAUUUUCACCUCCCUGAUGACCAGUUUGCCUCCUUGAAGCUGCACAAGCUCUGUCAGGUUGCCGUGGAAUCGGGCCUCGAACAUUUCUCGACCCCGUCACACAACACGCGGAGACGCUCUCACUUCCUGUACAGCGCCAUGGAUCCACCGACGCCAUGCUCCCUCCCGCUCAGUCUCACGCCUACAAUCACAAAUUCCCCCUGUCCGAAUGAGAGCGAGCAGACAUCUGCACAGACGGGUCCGAAUGAGAGCGAGCAGACAUCUGCACAGACGGGUCCGAAUGAGAGCGAGCAGACAUCUGCACAGACGGGUCCGAAUGAGAGCGAGCAGACAUCUGCACAGACAGAAACUUCCGGAACUACUGUGGAGCUCAGUGCAGCCAGUCUUAACAGCUCAACAGAAACCGUUUCAGUGGUGCAGGAGUUUACUGAAUGCUGUAAACUCAAAGAGCAUGAAACUGUGACUCAGACCUGCACAGUCCUCAGAAGUUCAGAUAAAUCUAAAAACUGUGUUGGACCGCAAGCUCAGUGCAAUGUAGACACAACGGUGUGCAAAGAAAAUGAUGUUGAGCAUUUAGAUGAGCCAAAAGUGGAUCAGUCUACAUCUGAAAAAUAUGUUCCUUUAGAAAAUCCCGUAGCUACAAAUCCCCAAUUCGAAGACAGAUGCAUCACUGAGAACGUCUCCUUGGAUUUCUCUGAAAGUAAAACAGCAGAGGAGGCUCCUAUCAGCUGCACAGAUUCACAAGUAUGUAAAGACGCUGCAGCAAAGUCGCCUGUAAAUAACCUAAACCUGCAAUAUUCUUCAGAGGGUUUUGAAGAACCUACUAAAACAGACUUUUCCAAAGACAGAAUGAUUAAAAACAAGGCCUCUCAGUUCCUGUUUAAGUCUCCUCUGGACUCAGUGCAAUCUCCCUUUACAGCCCCUUACCUUCCCUCAUCUGCCAGCCCGGUCCUGCCCUCCCUGGGAAUCACCCCUAAUGCCGCCCUCCUAACUUCCUGCCCCUCUGCUCCUUCUCUCUCUCUGCCUCCACCUCACAGCCCGUCCACACAGGAUCUGUCUCCUCCGGAUCAUUCUCCUGGCCUGUCCAUCACCUCCCUCCCUGCCAGCCUUUCUUCUCCCUCUCUCUGCAGUCAGAUUCAGGGUUUAUCAGAGCCUCCAGCUUCAAGCGAUCGGGGUGACGGAGAUGAACCUGCCGCCUGCCCAACUCCGUCCAGGAUCCAGUUACAAAGCUCAGCCGGGGAGAUGGGAAUGACAACAGAGGGAGUUGCAGAGAAAUGGUUACUGAGAUGCACACACACACUGGAGGCACCAGCAGGAGGCUCUCUGGUGGAUGUGUGCUGUGUUUCGGGCCCAUCGGGCAGUUUGUGUGUUGCAGCAGCAGGAAAGUGGGCGGUGUGCCUGUGGAGCCAGACUUCCGAAUCUGACUGGAGCCUCAAACACACUUGGACCUUCAGUGAGCCUGUGAUUAACGUGUUUCCUGUCCCAGACUCUGCUGGUCUGCUGUUCGUGUCUCUGGGUCAGCUGGAAAUAAGAGAGCUAAGAAUGCUGUCAUGUUGCAGCCUCAGGCAGACGCUGAUAUGUGAGGGCAUCAUCCAGGCAGUGGUUGGCUUGUACAGCUCCAGACUGGUUACCUCCUCCGAUUCGGCCGCAGGCUCCACCCUGCAGGUGUUUACGCUGUCAGACAGCAGCGGUCUACUGAGUUCUCAGUCUCUCGUGUCUCCUGGUGUUUGCGUGAGCGCGCUCGCUCUAGUAGAGGGACUCCCUGACGCUCUCACUGGUGCAGAUGAGGGAGGACACAUUUUCAUCUGGAAUUUAAAGACCGGCCAGCUGCUGAGCAGAGUGCUGCUUGAACAGGGUUUAUCAAACACACCCUGUCUCAGAGCUUACUCCUACUGUGGAGUGUUAUUAGUUCUGCUGCAACAUCAGUUUCUAAGCUCCCUGGACCAAGAAGAGAAAAAUCACAUGUCUUCAGAAGAAAAGAUGAAGCCAGCUCUGCUCUCUUUGGUUGGCAUCAAUCCUCUAAGUGGAAAAUCUGUCUUGGUUACUCGGCUGUGUCCUCCAAAAGGCUGGACUGGAAGGCUGUGUGAAGUUGACGUUAACAGCUCCAGAAUAGUGGGCCUGAGUCAGAGCGGGUGUGUCUGCGUGUGGGAGCUCGGAGAAGGGGGAACGUCCAAGACAAUGGAGGCUCCGGAGGAUGAGGACUGGCAGCUGGUCCGAUGGGGGGAAGGGGACACGCUGGUGAUCGGACAUCAGAACGGAGACGUUUCUUUACGUUCCUACAGCGUGGGACGUCAAGCAGAAGCUAGAACUGACACUAAAACACUGCUGCUGUGACAUCGAUGCAGACUUCAACAUAAUGCAACAUUAGAAUAGGCUAUAGUGCCCAAUUUAAACGGAAGUUUACUCUCUUAUUUAGAUCCAUUAUCAGCCAGGGCCGUCCGUUCCCUUGCACAAAUGUCUCUACAUGUCCAGACGGCUGCAACUGUAGAUAACGGAUGUAUUUUAAUGCUGUAAACUCUCAUAAACAGCAAGAGGAAACUCCUGUUUUUAUUGUACAGGUAAAACACAGUAACCCUAUUUGACUGAAGAUCUUUACUUUUUAAACCUGUACUUUCCCUUUUUUCUUUUCUCAUUGCUCAUUCACAUUUUUUAGCUGUUCUUUGCUUAUGUGUAAGAAUAUUGUUUAUAAUUAAAGAAGGAAAAAAAUGAUUUUUACAGGUUGUAUUAAAAUUUCUGUUAAACAUUCA